GGCCGCCACCACCACCGCGCCGCACUCCGAGGACGACACCGAGACCCACACGGACACCCGGCGGCACGGCUACGGCACCGGCAGCAGCUUCGCCGGCACGGCGUGGGACGACGGCGGCAAGAAGCGUCUGCGCGUGGGGCUGGUGCUGCCCUACAAGUCGUUCGGCGUGCGCGACUACACCAAGGCCCUGACGGGGGCCAUCGCCGGCGUGCAGCGCAGCACCUCGCGCGGACGCAACCUGGUGCUGUCCAGGGGCUUCGACCUGCAGGGCCGCAUCAGCAUGAUGCCGCUCACGCCCAGCCCCAAAGCCAUCCUCAACUCGCUGUGCAAGGAGUUCCUGUCCGUCAACGUGUCCGCCAUCCUGUACCUGAUGAACUACGAGAAGUACGGCCGCUCCACGGCGUCGGCGCAGUACUUCCUGCAGCUGGCCGGCUACCUGGGCAUCCCCGUGAUCGCCUGGAACGCCGACAACUCGGGCCUGGAGAGGAGGGCGUCGCAGUCCAGCCUGCAGCUGCAGCUGGCGCCGUCCCUGGAGCACCAGACGGCCGCCAUGCUGUCCAUCCUGGAGCGCUACAAGUGGCACCAGUUCUCCAUCGUCACGUCGCAGAUCGCCGGCCACGACGACUUCAUCCAGGCCGUGCGCGAGCGCAUCACCGAGAUGCAGGACCGCUUCAAGUUCACCAUCCUCAACGCCGUGCUGUACACCAAGGCCAGCGACCUGGUGACGCUGGUCAACUCCGAGUCCCGCGUCAUGCUGCUGUACUGCACGCGCGAGGAGGCCAUCCACAUCCUGAACCACGCCCGCGAGCUCAAGAUCACGGGCGAGAACUACGUGUGGGUGGCCGCGCAGUCCGUCAUCGCCACCGGCACGCCGCCCACGCAGUUCCCCGUCGGCAUGCUGGGGGUGCACUUCGACACGUCGAGCACGUCGCUGGUCACGGAGAUCACGACGGCCAUCAAGGUGUACGCGUACGGCGUGGAGGACUUCGUCAACGACCCGCGCAACGCCAACCUGUCCCUCAACACCAAGCUGUCCUGCGAGGGCGCCGGCCUGGGCGACUCUCGCUGGGAGACGGGUGACCGCUUCUACAAGUACCUCCGGAACGUGAGCGUGGAGAACGACAUGGGCAAGCCCAACGUGGAGUUCACGGCGGACGGCGUGCUCAAGGCGGCCGAGCUCAAGAUCAUGAACCUGCGGCCCGGGAACAACAAGCAGAUGAUGGUGUGGGAGGAGAUCGGCGUGUGGAAGUCGUGGGAGGGCGAGGGCCUGGACAUCAAGGACAUCGUGUGGCCGGGCAACAGCCACACGCCGCCGCAGGGCGUGCCCGAGAAGUUCCACCUCAAGAUCACCUUCCUGGAGGAGCCGCCCUACGUGCAGCUGGCGCCGCCCGACCCCGUCACCGUCAAGUGCAACAUGAACCGCGGCGUGCUGUGCCGCGUGGCGCGCGAGCAGGACGUGGCGGAGAUGGACCAGUUCUCCGCCCACCGGAACAGCUCCUUCUACCAGUGCUGCUCCGGCUUCUGCAUCGACUUGCUGGAGAAGUUCGCCGAGGAGCUGGGCUUCACGUACGAGCUGGUGCGCGUCGAGGACGGCAAGUGGGGCACGUUUGAGAACGGCCGCUGGAACGGACUGGUCGCCGACCUCAUCAACCGGAAGACGGACAUGGUGAUGACCUCGCUGAUGAUCAACUCGGAGCGCGAGGGCGUGGUGGACUUCACGGUGCCCUUCAUGGAGACGGGCAUCGCCAUCGCCGUGGCCAAGCGCACCGGCAUCAUCUCCCCCACUGCCUUCCUGGAGCCCUUCGACACGGCGUCCUGGAUGCUGGUCGGCGUGGUGGCCAUCCAGGCCGCCACCUUCACCAUCUUCCUCUUCGAGUGGCUCAGUCCGGCGGGCUUCGACAUGAAGGUGAAGGUCGCGACGGCGAACAGGUGUCUCGAGGGAGUGCUGAGUGCUGACGGUCUUGUGGUGCUGCAGGUGACCCCGGCGGCCAACCACCGCUUCUCCCUGUUCCGGACGUACUGGCUGGUGUGGGCGGUGCUGUUCCAGGCCGCCGUUCACGUGGACUCGCCCAGGGGCUUCACCUCCAAGUUUAUGACCAAUAUGUGGGCCAUGUUUGCUGUCGUCUUCCUCGCUAUAUACACUGCCAACCUGGCCGCCUUCAUGAUAACCCGAGAGGAGUUCCACGAGUUCACCGGGGUCGACGACUCCAGGCUGAGCAAGCCGUACAGCCACAAGCCCAUGUUCAAGUUCGGCACGACGCCGUACUCGCACACCGACUCCACCAUCAAGCGCUACUUCGUGGAGAUGCACGCCUACAUGCGCAACUUCAACCGCACCUCGGUGCAGGAGGGCAUCGCGGCCGUCAACAGCGGCGAGCUGGACGCCUUCAUCUACGACGGCACGGUGCUGGACUACCUGGUGGCGCAGGACGAGGACUGCCGCCUGCUCACGGUGGGGUCCUGGUACGCCAAGACGGGCUACGGCCUGGCCUUCAGCCGCAACUCCAAGUACGUCCAGAUGUUCAACAAGCGGCUGCUGGACUUCAGAGAGAACGGCGACCUGGAGCGGCUGCGACGCUACUGGAUGACGGGCACGUGCAAGCCGGGCAAGCAGGAGCACAAGACGAGCGACCCGCUGGCGCUGGAGCAGUUCUUGUCCGCCUUCCUGCUGCUCAUGUCCGGCGUGCUGCUGGCCGCCAUCCUGCUCUUCUUCGAGCACAUCUACUUCAAGUACAUCCGGGUCAAGUGCGCCAAAACGGACCAGGGCGGCUGCUGCGCCCUCCUCAGUCUCAGCAUGGGCAAGUCCCUGACGUUCCGCGGCGCCGUCUUCGAGGCCCAGGACAUCCUGCGGCACCACCGCUGCAAGGACCCCAUCUGCGACACCAACCUCUGGAAGACGCGCCACGAGCUGGACCUGACGCGGCUGCGGGUGCUGCAGCUGGAGCGGUCCCUGGACGCGCACGGCAUCAAGCCGCCGGCCAGGCACAUCAACGCCCCCCACGCGGGCGUGCUCAUGCACCACCGCGACAUGACCAGGAACCACGUGUUCACCAACGAGUUCGGCUCGCGGUGCUACAGGCCGGACGAGCGCGAGGUCCAGGAGAUGGAGACGGUUCUGUGAUAUUCGCGGGCUGUGACGCCACCCGAGGUGCCACCCUUGGUGCAGCGGGCGCACCCGGGGCCGUACCCAGACGACUCCCCCAUCCACCUGGGGCCGCGUCUGCGCGCCGCCUCG